AGUCACACUCUCUCACUCCCUCGGCUUUUCUUGUGUCCUUCAGCAAAACACUGGAUUUAAAUCUCCUUCCACGAGCGUGAGAGCAACGCAAUCUGUCAGGAAAGAAAGGAAGAAAAAACCGAACCUGACAAAAAAGAAAAAAAAAAAAAAAAGAGGGAGGGAAACCAACAUGAAAACCAUCCAGGCAAAAAUGCACAAUUCUAUCUCUUGGGCAAUCUUCACUGGGCUGGCCGCUCUGUUUCUCUUUCAAGGAGUGCCAGUGCGCAGCGGAGAUGCCACCUUCCCCAAAGCUAUGGACAACGUGACGGUCAGGCAAGGGGAGAGCGCCACUCUCAGGUGCACUGUGGACAACCGAGUCACUCGGGUGGCAUGGCUGAACCGCAGCACCAUCCUCUAUGCUGGGAAUGACAAGUGGUGCCUAGAUCCCCGGGUCGUCCUCUUGACCAACACCAAAACCCAGUACAGCAUUGAGAUCCAGAAUGUGGACGUGUAUGACGAAGGCCCGUACACCUGCUCUGUGCAGACAGAUAACCACCCAAAGACAUCACGAGUCCACCUCAUCGUGCAAGUAUCUCCAAAAAUCAUAGAGAUUUCUUCAGAUAUUUCCAUCAAUGAAGGCAGCAAUAUCAGCCUCACCUGCAUAGCAACAGGUAGACCAGAACCUACAGUUACUUGGAGACACAUCUCUCCCACUGCUGUUGGCUUCAUGAGUGAAGAUGAAUACUUGGAAAUUCAGGGCAUCACUCGGGCACAAUCUGGAGACUACGAGUGCAGUGCUUCCAAUGAUGUAGCGGCACCAGUGGUGAGGAGAGUCAAAGUCACCGUGAACUACCCACCAUACAUUUCAGAGGCUAAAAGCACAGGAGUUGCUGUGGGACAGAAGGGAACGCUACAGUGUGAAGCAUCUGCUGUCCCUUCAGCAGAAUUCCAGUGGUACAAGGAUGAUAAAAGGCUGGUUGGAGGACAGAAGAGAGUGAAAGUUGAAAACAGACCAUUCCUCUCAAAGCUCAUCUUCUUCAAUGUCUCUGAACAUGACUAUGGGAACUACACUUGUGUGGCCUCCAACAACCUAGGCCACACCAAUGCCAGCAUCACACUGUUUGAAAUAAAUGAGCCCACAAGCUCAGCUUUGUUCCAAGAAGAGAAAACUACAGUCAUGACACCUUGGAAAGCCCCUGGCGCAGUCAGCGAAGUGAACAAUGGGACGUCAAGGAGGGCUGGUUGCAUUUGGCUCUUACCCCUUCUCAUCUUGCAUCUGUUGCUCAAAUUUUGAUGUGAGCGUCACUUCCCCACUGGGGAUCAGCCUCUACCACCUGCAACCACCAACUCAACAGCAGCAACAAAAGCA